CAUUUGGAGGUAUGAGGCUGGGAGUGUAGGUUACCGUUGUGAUGGUGUGUUGUACAUACAUAGAUGAGCAUGAGUUAGUGUGUGUGAGAGAAAAACAUUGUUUACGGUUGUGUAUUAGUAUAUGUGUGCUCUUUAUUGGGGGCUAUAUCAUCUCUUUGUUCAUCCUCUAUCCAGUUGUAAGUAGGCCUCACUGCCAGGCUCAGUAUCCAAAGACUUGAGUGUCACAUGGCAUUGCUUCCCUUUGGUGCUGUGAGCAAGUCUGUACUCGACAUUGGUCUGACCUUGCUGUUUUGGACCCCAUUCUGACCCUUUGGUUCUAAGAAAAAUGAAACAAGCUCAUUCAUCAUCAGCUCUGGCCCUCAGGCCUCCUCCAUUACUAUCUCCACUCUUCCAUGUCAGCCUGUCUGUCUCCUGUCCACAGCAUCAGGGGGGAAGAAGGAAGGCUGGUCAUGGGAGUCCUACCUUGAGGAGCAGAAGGCCAUCACUGCCCCGGUCAGCCUCUUCCAGGACUACCAGGCGGUCACUCAUAACAAGAAUGGCUUCAGAUUGGGCAUGAAGUUGGAAGGCAUCGACCCUCAGCACCCAUCCAUGUACUUCAUCCUCACGGUGGCCGAGGUGUGUGGCUACCGUCUCCGUCUGCACUUCGAUGGGUAUUCCGAGUGCCAUGACUUCUGGAUCAAUGCCAACUCCCCUGACAUCCAUCCUGCUGGCUGGUUUGAGAAGACUGGGCACAAGCUGCAGCCCCCCAAAGGUUACAAGGAGGAGGAGUUCAGCUGGAGUCAGUACCUGCGCAGCACAAGAGCUCAGGCUGCCCCUAAGCACCUGUUUGUGAGCCAGAGCCACAGUCCCCCACCCCUGGGCUUCCAGGUGGGCAUGAAGCUGGAGGCUGUUGACCGUAUGAACCCAUCCCUCGUCUGUGUGGCCAGUGUGACCGAUGUGGUGGACAGCCGCUUCCUGGUGCACUUUGACAACUGGGACGAUACUUACGACUACUGGUGUGAUUCCAGCAGCCCCUACAUCCACCCAGUGGGCUGGUGUCAGAAGCAAGGAAAGCCCCUCACACCUCCACAAGACUACCCAGACCCUGAUAGCUUCUGUUGGGAGAAAUACCUGGAAGAAACUGGGGCCUCUGCGGUGCCCACCUGGGCCUUCAAGGUGCGACCCCCGCACAGCUUUCUGGUCAACAUGAAGUUGGAGGCCGUGGACCGCAGGAACCCAGCCUUGAUCCGCGUGGCCAGCGUGGAGGAUGUGGAGGACCAUCGGAUAAAGCUCCACUUUGAUGGCUGGAGUCAUGCCUAUGACUUCUGGAUCGAUGCCGACCAUCCGGACAUCCACCCUGCCGGCUGGUGCUCCAAGACAGGGCAUCCCCUGCAGCCUCCUCUCCAUCCCAGAGAGCUCAGCUCUGCUUCCCCUGGGAGCUCUCCCCCCCUCAGCUACCGGAGCCUGCCACACACUAGGACCUCCAAGUACAGCUUCCACCACCGGAAGUGCCCCACUCCUGGUUGUGACGGCUCUGGCCAUGUCACAGGCAAGUUCACAGCUCACCAUUGCCUUUCGGGCUGCCCGCUGGCUGAGAGGAACCAGAGCCGGCUGAAGACAGAGCUGUCCGACUCCGAGGCCUCGGCCCGUAAGAGGAACCUCUCGGGCUUCUCCCUAAGGAAGAAGCCUCGCCAUCAUGGCCGGAUUGGGCGCCCUCCAAAGUAUCGGAAGAUCCCACAAGAAGAUUUCACGACACUAACGACCGAUGUCAUCCACCAGUCCCUCUUCAUGUCAGCCCUGUCGGCCCACCCUGACCGUUCACUCUCAGUGUGCUGGGAGCAGCAUUGCAAGCUCCUGCCGGGAGUGGCGGGCAUCUCGGCCUCAACAGUCGCCAAGUGGACCAUCGACGAGGUCUUUGGCUUCGUUCAGACCCUGACAGGUUGUGAGGAUCAAGCACGACUCUUCAAAGAUGAGCUCUGCUGGGUCCUGCAUGACAUCAACAGCUCCCUCGAUGCUGAUGCUGCUGGGAGUUUGGAGCUGGGGCCAGGCUGGCGCCAGGCACAGACACUUCAGCCCUUGUUGGGAGAACAGAGAGAGGCUCUCUUGUCCAUUGCCCAUCCUCUGGCUCUAACUGCUGGUUCUCUCAGAGGCCUCUCCUCAGGCUGGUGCAGAAUGGAUGCUAGUCCUAGCCUGGCCGGGACUCCCAGUCCACAGCCCUCAAGGGCCAACGGGAACAUCAACCUGGGGCCUUCAGCCAACCCAAAUGCCCGGCCCACCGACUUCGACUUCCUCAAAGUCAUUGGCAAAGGCAACUAUGGGAAGGUCCUCCUGGCCAAGCGCAAGUCUGACGGGAUGUUCUACGCAGUGAAGGUGUUGCAGAAAAAAUCCAUUUUAAAGAAUAAAGAGCAGAACCACAUCAUGGCGGAGCGCAACGUGCUUCUGAAGAACGUGCGGCACCCCUUCCUCGUGGGCUUGCGCUACUCCUUCCAGACGCCCGAGAAGCUCUACUUUGUGCUCGACUACGUCAACGGAGGAGAGCUCUUCUUCCACCUGCAGCGGGAGCGCAGGUUCCUGGAGCCCCGGGCCCGGUUCUACGCCGCCGAGGUGGCCAGUGCCAUUGGCUAUCUGCACUCCCUCAACAUCAUCUACAGGGACCUGAAACCAGAGAACAUUCUCUUGGACUGCCAGGGACACGUGGUUCUGACAGAUUUUGGCCUCUGCAAGGAAGGUGUAGAGCCGGAGGAGACCACGUCCACAUUCUGUGGCACCCCUGAGUACUUGGCUCCAGAAGUACUUCGUAAAGAGCCUUAUGAUCGGGCAGUGGACUGGUGGUGUUUGGGGGCCGUCCUCUACGAGAUGCUGCAUGGCCUGCCACCCUUCUACAGCCGAGACGUAUCCCAGAUGUAUGACAACAUCCUGCAUCAGCCACUACAGAUCCCUGGGGGCCGGACAGUGGCGGCCUGUGACCUCCUGCAAGCCCUUCUCCACAAGGACAAGAAGCAGCGGCUGGGCUCCAAAGCAGACUUUAUUGAGAUAAAGAACCACGUGUUCUUCAGCCCCAUAAACUGGGAUGACUUGUACCACAAGAGGCUGACUCCACCCUUCAACCCAAACGUGGCAGGACCUGCUGACUUGAAACACUUUGACCCAGAGUUCACCCAGGAAGCCGUGUCAAAGUCCAUUGGCUGCACUCCAGACACUGUGGCCGGCAGCUCCGGGGCCUCAAGUGCAUUCCAGGGAUUUUCCUAUGUGCCGGAGGAUGAUGCCGUCUUGGAUUGCUAGGAGAGAAGUACCUGUGAAACCACUGAAGGCAGCUGGUACCUGUAAGGAAUUACCUUCAGCUGCCAGGAACAGAGACUCAAAGGCAGCCCCCUGCUGUAGGAUUUAUAGGGGAUGAAGCUGAACAUCAUGGAAAACACACCAAUGACAAUGACACUGGACAUC